UGUUAACAAGAGUGUCCAACGAUGCGUGAGACGCAGCAGCGUGGUGUCUGACCGUGUUUGUUUGGUUAUGAUUUGGAAGUUGCUGUUCGAAGCGGUGUCUGUUGGUGAGCACAGUGUUGGCGGCGCUGCUGACGGGGGCGUUGGUGGCCGUGCUGGUGCUGCAACCGUGGGCCCACGACCACCCGCGCUUCCCGCACGCCGCUGUCGCCGCUAAUGGCUACGAAUGCGCCUCAGUAGGACGUGCGAUCCUAGAGAAGAACGGCUCUGCUGUCGAUGCAGCGAUCGCGACGUUACUGUGUGAAGGAAUCGGAUGCGCACAAUGCAUGGGUCUCGGCGGCGGGUUUCUGGCCACAAUCUACGACGCACCCAGCGGACGCAUUCGCGUACUCAACGCGCGCGAGAGAGCUCCAGCCGCCACUCACGAGAACAUGUUUGCGAACGCCUCAUCCACAGUCGGGGGGCUAGCCGUCGCCGUCCCUGGGGAGCUACGGGGAUAUGGCGCGCUGUACAAGGAGUAUGGACGUCUGCCAUGGCGAGAGUUAGUGCGCCCUACCGCGGAAUUGUGCCGACGAGGCCACCGGGUCAGUUGGUACAUGUCGCGAGCACUGAACACGUACAGCAACCAGAUAAUUCAAGAGCCAUCGAUGAGGGAACUAUACGUGAACCCGGUGACCGGGAAAGUUUGGCAGGAAGGCGACAUGAUAGUCGAGCCGGCAUUGGCCCGAACCCUGGACAUCAUCGCCGAGGGUGGCCCGGAGGAGAUACACAACGGAUCACUGACGGCGGCACUCGUGAGGGACAUUCAACGCUUCGGCGGCAUCAUCACAGAAGACGAUCUGAGGAACUACAAAGUAGAAUGGCAAGAACCAAUAGCCGUGCCAUUAGGCGAAGGCAAAACGCUAUACACAUCGCCGCUCCCGGGUUCCGGAUCCGUUCUAGCAUUCAUCCUGAACGUAAUCCAAGGUUGGAUCGGCAAAGGGUCCGGCGUACCCGCCGGAUCCGCUCUCUACUGGCACCGAGUCGUAGAAACAUUCAAGUUCGCAUACGGCAAGAGAACCGGCCUAGGGGAUGCUUCACGAUUGAACCUGCCGUACAACAUCAGUCAACUCCAGCAAAACCUAUCUGAUGCGAAUUGGGCAAGAGCAUACCGAAAGAGGAUAAACGACGAGCACACGAUCAACGAUUGGAAACACUAUGGGGCCCUGUUCGAGCCAGCAGAUGACCACGGUACAGCUCACGUCGUGGUGGUCGCUCCGGACGGCAGCAUUGUCUCUGCUACCAGCACUAUUAACUACAUAUGGGGUUCCCAGAGGCGAACACGUUUAGGGUUCAUCCUAAACAAUGAAAUGGAUGACUUUUCCAUACCUAACCGAGAAUCUUCUUACGGCAUGCCACCCUCUCCCGCGAACAUGUUGGCUCCAGGUUUACAACCUCUUAGCUCCAUGGUUCCGAGCAUUAUUCUUGACAAAGACGGAAAAUUGGAAUUGGUGGUCGGCGCAGCCGGUGGCACUAGGAUUACAACACAAGUAGCUGUGAAUAUUAUUAAUGUAAUGGUGGAAGGCGUCGAGUUAAGAGACGCAGUGCAGAGGCCACGCAUUCAUCAUCAACUGAUACCGAUGGAAGUCGAACACGAAGCUGAUUUCGAUCCGGUGAUAAUACAAGCUUUGCAAGCGAGAGAUCAUGGUACGACAGAACGUAGCUCUUCAAGUGGUUUCGCGGCAAUAAUCGCCGCGACACGCGAAAAGAAUGGCGAUCUCGUGCCGGUUACGGACUGGCGCCGUAUCGGGAGCAUUGACGGCUUUUAAUUCUAAACUAGUCUUGACAG